UCACCAGCACUGCGCGAGCACGAGCACCAACUGAGGCUUCCUCUGUGCUGUACACUACCAGAGACCAGGAAGUGAAAGUAUACGCGUGGAGGGUGUGUCUUUCGCUUCCUGGCUAUGUUUUAUUUUCAAUAACACAGUCCUGCUUGGAUAAUCGAAUGGGCGACUCGGCGAGGACCAAGCGGCGGGAGCAGCUAAAGCGCUGGGCCGGUUCCUGUACCGACAAAGCGUCGGCCUUGCCCCGGCGGAGAUGGCGAGGCGAUGCCUUGGAAAGAGGAAGCGAGGAGCCGGAGGCCGACCUGCAGGACCCGCCGACCGAGCAGCCCAUUUUAAGGGGCGAUGAAAGCAGCCCACUUCUCAAAAGACGAAAAAGGGUGAGGUUUGACAGAGCUGCAGAGUUUCUGGCUGCGUGUGCCAGCGGGGACACAGAAGAGGCCCAAGUGAUGCUGCAAGAGGCCAAGGAAAUGAUGAGCAGCAACAAGGAGGAUGGGGAAAUUAUUAAUUGCUCCAAUGCUGAUGGGAUAACUGCGUUACAUCAGGCCUGCAUCGAUGGCAGCAUGGAGAUGGUGUCUUUUCUUUUGGAGCAUGGUGCCAACGUAAACCAGGUUGACAGUGAGGGCUGGACACCCUUGCAUGUUGCUGCCUCCUGCGGCUACCGUGAUAUAGCUGAGUUCCUUUUGCGACGUGGUGCUGCUCUCUCUGCUGUCAACUGUGAUGGUGACGUCCCCAUUGACAUCGCUCUGGAUGAAACCACUGAGGCCCUUCUCCAGGAAUACACUCUGAGACAAGGUGUGGACUUGGAGGCAGUAAAGCGGGUCGAGGAGGAGCAAAUCACAAGAGAUGCUUGUGCCUGGCUGACUGAGGGACCACCUGCUGACAUACGACAUCCCAGGACUGGAGCCACUCCGCUACAUGUGGCCGCAGCCAAAGGCUACGUGGAAGCUCUCAAGCUACUGUGUCAAUGUGGGCUCGAUGUGUCAGCGAUGGACUUUGAUGGGUGGACUCCUCUUCACGCUGCUGCACACUGGGGUCAGGGGGAGGCCUGUCACAUUUUAGUUGAACAGAUGUGCAAUAUGGAAGCCCGCAGCAGCUCAGGUCAAACACCUUUGGAUGUAGCAGAUGAAAGUGUGGAGGAGCUCCUGGAGGAUUUAGCUCGGAAACAGGCCAAUUGGCGCAAUGAGCAGUCCAUACGAGAACGGCAAAACCAACAAGGUGCCACAACUGUAAAUGCGCAAAAUAAAAAGCGGAGGAGCUCAGUGUGCAGGAUGAGCAGUAAAGAAAAGUUGAACCUGCAGGACCAAUCAAAAGAAAGGGGUGUCUCGGCUGGUCUGGAACUAAGCGAGGACAAGGAGAGCAGUCCCGAGAGCUCCACUGUAUCCAGUCCAGACACUGAAAGUGGGACCACAUCUGCAGUCAGUCCAGUUGACAAGACAUCAGACGAGAGAGGCGGCGAGGAAGACAAGGAGCAGGACAAGGCGGUUCGCACUGCAAGAGUCCAGCCCACCCCUCAUACGAGGGACAGUACAUCUGAAAGUCCCAACACACCCACUACUGAGCGCCGCAAGUUUCAGGCUCCAGUAAGAGAUGAGGAGUCUGAGUCUCAGAGGAAGGCUCGCUCUCGACUCUUGCGACAGUCCCGUCGCUCCACUCAGGGUGUGACCUUAACAGACCUAAAGGAAGCUGAGAAGACUGUGUCUAAAGCUGCGGAUCCCCUGCCUCGUAACAUUCAGCCCGUCAGCCCCAUCAUCACUCUCACGCCUGCUGAGAGGGAUACAGACCCAGUGAAGCAGGAGGAGCCUGAGGGAGACAGGCGUCUGGGAGUGAAGGACAGGAGGCGAGUGAGAAAAGAGAGACGCUCCACUGGCGUCAUUCAGCCGAGUGGAGAGAAUGAUGAAGAGGAUGCUCAUUUAGAUGAUUCAGACAAUGCCUCAACUGCGAGUGGAUUAGGGGACGCUGACUACAGGAUGCUCUACUUCCAGAUACUGCAGCAGAACCUCGCACUGAAGGACAAGCUGCAGGAGAUGGAAUUGCUGCUCAGCCAAAACAAAGUGGACCUGGAAAGACUCAGACAGAGUCAAGAUAGCAGUACAGAGAGGCCUGCCCUUUUGGAACUCGAGAGAUUUGAGAAGUUGGCCCUCCAGAGGAGAGCAGUGGAACUGGAAGACGAGUUGAAGGUUCUGGGAGACCUGAAAGCAGACAACCAGAGGCUCAAGGAUGAGAACGCUGCCCUCAUUCGAGUCAUCAGUAAACUGUCCAGAUGAAAAAGGAAAAAAAAAAAAAGGAGGACCUUAACGUAUUAAUCGGACAGAGCAGAGUUACAAUUAUGUCAAACACAGCCAAGUUUAUCCGAACAGAAUUUCAGGGCUAUUGCAUAUUUACUGUAUGACGACAAAGCUAAAGUGCACCUUCUGUGGGUGGAGGGGCAGGGCUGCAUGUCGCUCCUGUUCACAUCCUCUUCUAGAUUCUGUUUUAUGGUUGUUUUUAACUGGAAUAUUUUACAGGGCUUCUCUCCCCCUUUUUUUUGUUUGUUCAAACUUUUAAGAGACUAAAAGCCAUGCUCUUUCAUACUUUUGACCUCCGACAGUGGAAAGAAAAAAAAACUGCGCUUGGUUAAUAGGAAAACAAAAAUGUGCCAAAUCCUACCCAAAUUGAACAAAUGAAUGAAUGUUGUAUUGCCUGUGUUGUUUGUCAGGGUAAAUCUGGACUUUUUUUUCCUUUUUAGACUGCUGCAAAGGCGGACCAAACGUGUAAUGUUUAUUUCUGUGUGCGUGUACAGACGUGAAAAUGGUGUACACACAGGCAAGUUCAUUGGCAUUUCAUGUUGCUCUUUUCGAACUGGAGGUUUCUGAAUGCAUCAUCUUGGAAGCAAAGUAUACCAUUGACCCCAGAAUGGAUUUCUACUUUUCAGUCGACAAGGCCGGACUGUUCGCUGUUUACUGUACUGCCAUUGAAAGAAACGCAUUGCAUGUCAACUAUUGUGUUGCUGUGCCUUUCAAGUAUUCUAUUUUGUCACAACAGAUUAAUAUUAGGCAUAACAUCAUGA